UAUGGACUUUAUUGAUGGGUUUCCCUCGUCCAAUAGAAAAAAUUCUAUAUUGGUAGUCGUAGAUCGUUUAACGAAAUAUGCUCACUUUAUACCACUUACACAUCCAUAUUCUGCACAUUCUGUAGCCGAUAUCUUUGUGAGGGAGAUUGUGCGUUUACAUGGCAUGCCAAGAUCGAUUGUAAGUGAUCGAGAUCCCAUUUUUUUGAGUAAGUUUUGGGAGGCUUAUUUCUCUCUUCAGAAUACACAGUUAUGUCGCAGAUCAGCUUAUCAUCCUCAGUCGGAUGGACAAACAGAGGUGACAAAUAGAACUUUAGAGUGUUAUUUGAGGUGUUUUGCGGGAAUGAAGCCAACUGAUUGGAGCAAAUGGUUACCUUGGGCUGAGUGGUGGUAUAAUACAAGCUUUCAUUCAGCCAUUCGAAUGUCUCCUUAUCAGGCAUUGUACAGUCGUCCCCCACCUGCAGUUACAGCUUAUUUACCAGGUUCAACUUCAGUGCACGAUGUUGAAUUAAGUCUUAAGGCUCGUGAUCAUACACUCAAGCUUUUGAAGUCUCAUUUGCAUGAUGCACAGUCCAGAAUGAAAAAAUAUGCUGAUUCGCACCGUACUGAGCGUUCAUUUUCAGUAGAUGAUUGGAUUUAUUUAAGAUUACAGCCUUAUCGUCAAACAACAGUGUCUCAUCAAUCUUUUUCAAAGCUGUCUCCUAAGUUCUAUGGACCAUUCCGCAUUUUGGAGAAAAUUGGGUCAGUUGCGUACAAACUAGAGCUUCCUGCCUCUAGCCGCAUUCAUCCAGUUGUUCACGUAUCUCAGCUUAAACUAAAGGUGGGAUCAACUACAUCUGUGGAACAAGUGUUACCAGACAUUAUUGAUUAUGAAAAGUGGGAACCUGAUUCGAUUUUGGAUCGUCGCAUGUAUAAGAAAGGCAGUGGUGCAGGCACCAGAUGGUUAAUCAAGUGGAAGAAUCAUGCGCAAGAGGACGCAACUUGGGAAGAUGCUGAUGAUUUCAUCGCUAAGUUUCCAGAAUUUGAGGCUUGAGGACAAGCCUGGUUUCGAGCAGGGUGGGAUGUUGCGACCCAACACCAUUCACACUAGUUUACUUAUUUAGGCUUCCCUAUUUCUAGCAUAGUUUGGUUUUCCUUUUUUAUCAGAACUCUUUUUCCUUGUUUUGCAAGUAUGUGCAGCUAUAAAUACUGCCUUAAGUCCUGUAUUCGGGUAACUAAUCAGAAAACCAAAGUUCUGUUCUUUAAAAUUACUCUUCAAGCCGGUGGUUAACCCCAAUAAGGGUUUAUUUAGGGUUCUUAGCUUAUUUUUGUGAGAUACAGGCAAGGAUCCUAACAAUUUGCUUGGAAGAUUUAUCAAUGGAGGCGGGAAAGAUGAUAAACAGAGCACUGCGAAAGCACAAACAACCUGUUUUAACAAAUGAGCCCUUUUCUGCUGUGCCCAAAAAACGAUCUCGCUGUGAUACUAUAAAACACCAUCAGAAAGAGAUGAAAAUGUCAUCAAGCUUGACCUCAAAAAUCUUAAAAGCGGCAUCAUUUCAACAGAAGGAAAUAGAAGAUGAAGCCAGAAAAGAAGAUCCUUUUUUUUCGAUUCCCGAAAAAGUAGGAGGUGUUUCAGAAGAUAGUGAUAGUGAUAGUGAUGAACGGUUCGGCUCAUUAGAUGAAUUAUCAGAAACUGAAAGCCAGUACAAUGAUUAUGAAGUCGAAGUGGAUGAAGAGCAGAUGGAAAUAUUAGAGCAUUUCAUGUCCAAGGCACCUGGUACCCAACUCACAUUAUCUGACCGUGUUAUUAACAGAAUUAAAAAUGCGGAAAGUGUAUCCGCAGAACAGCAACACCAACCACUUCCUCAAAUGGGCAAAGACAUUUAUAAGAGAAUUGGAGAGUAUUUGAGUAGAUAUUCAAGUGGGAAACUUCCAAAAGCUUUCUCAUCCAUUCCUAGAAGUUCACAUUGGGAGGAUGCUCUCUACUUGACUGAACCAGAGAAGUGGUCCGCAAAUGCAAUGUACCAAGCUACAAAUAUAUUUGCCUCCAAUAUGUCCCCCAAAAAUGCACAGCGUUUCUACUCCUCUGUGUUGCUCCCACGAGUAAGAGAAGAUAUCCGAAAGAAUAGGAAACUUCAUUUUGCUCUCUAUCAAGCUCUUAAAAAGUCGGUUUAUAAGCCAGCGGCCUUCCACAAGGGAGUUUUGUUUCCACUCUGCAAGUCAGGGACUUGCAACCUUAGGGAAGCUGUCAUUAUAGGAAGCAUUAUUCAGAAGGUGUCUAUUCCUCCGAAGCAUUCAAGUGCGGCACUCAUGAAGCUCGCAGAAAUGGAGUAUUGUGGCACUACAAGUUACUUUAUCAAGCUCAUUCUUGAUAAGAAAUAUGCCCUGCCUUAUUGUGCUCUUGAUGCUGUUGUCGCUCACUUUAUGAGAUUUCUUGAAGAUUCAAGGGUUAUGCCUGUAAUAUGGCACCAGUCGCUUCUUACUCUUGUCCAGAGGUACAAGUAUGAAUUAACAAAAGAGAAUAAAGAAAACCUUGAGCGUCUCAUUCAGCACCAGAAACACUACAUGGUUACUGAAGAUAUCAGGAGGGAGCUACGGAAUAGUCGGAAUCGUGGGGAAAAGGAAGAUCCCAUGACUAUCUCAUCUCCAUACCGUAAUACACCUGUUGAAGAAGACAGGUUCAACUAUCCUGAAGUAUGUAUGGAAGAGGACUGAUUACUAUGAUGAUCAGCAAAACCCAAUAUCUUGCUCCAAAUCGGUAAUCCCUUUGAACUUUGAGAAACAAGCAUUAUUCCACCACUAGAAACCAAAGGUGCUGUGUGGAAAUCUUACUUAAUAUGCCAAGGUGUGUUUAUAUUACUCAGGGGAUUCCUGGUUAUAUUUAAAGACAAUAUGUGAUUUGGUGGAACUUUAAUCUUUGGUGUAUUUUCAUCAUUAUUUAUUUAUGUGGAACAAAGCUUAUGAAGCUCUUUAAAUUGUUCUUUCUAUUUAUAUAAUUAAGCAACAAUUGAUUAGUGUGC